AUUUAGCUUCGCUUUCUCCUCUCUCUCCUCUCUCUCUCUCUCUCUCUCUCUCUGUGACGCUCAGAGACUCUCUCUCUCUAUAUAACCCCUCACCUUAAUACAGAGACUCUCUCUCGUAUAUUUUAGUGAAAAUUAUUAUUUUCAUCUUGUUAAAUUUUACACAAGACGCUCGAAAAUUCGAGAAGGAAAGUUACGCAAAGUUCUAGUUCAAUCAGUUCGGGAAUACGAUUUAGUUUGUAUGUAUUUACAUAUGAGAUGGGUUCUCGAGGACGGCCAUUAUUUGAUCUCAAUGAACCCCCUGCCGAGGAUAAUGACGAGAGUGAUAGCAUUGUCUCAUUGCCGCCUCAAAAGGCACUCCCUUCAACAAACCCCCACACUUCUGAAAUGCUUGCAGUAGCAGCUGGUACACAAGGAAUUGUUAAUAAUCAUGCUUUCUCACAUGCAUCAUCUGUGUCAGGUUUUCAACCUUUUAUUCGCCCUAAAUAUACUCAUGGCUCUGAAGGUAGCGCUGAGCAGAAGGAGGCAAGAGAUAGGAUUCCCAACAAUGCCUCAUUGUGCACGUCAAGUGGUAACGAGGACAUUAAAGCAGUGCCAGCUGUAGUUUCAACUGCUGCAGAUGCCCCUUCUGUGGAAAGAGAAGAAGGAGAGUGGUCUGAUGCCGAUGGAUCUGCUGAUGCUCAUGGAAGCGGCAGUUUGCGUGAACAGGGUAAAACUUCCCUAGAACAAGAAAGAUCUGGGGCUGCUUCUGGUGUUGCUCCAGACGGUAGUCCUUGCAAUAUUAAAAUAUCAGAAAGUCUGAAGGAUGAGAGCAGCAGUAGCCGCAAUUCAGACAACAAUGUCAAAGGUCAUACAUCCAUGGACUGUCAGGAGGAACCUGGCUUGGUUCUGAAACAAGAGAAAGUUAAGGGCAUUGAAGUGAGCCGUCCCCUCAAGGGUGCAAAUAAUCCAGUGAAGAGGAAGAUGGAUCAGCAUAAUGAAGCAAAGCUGGGAAAGAAACGUAGUAGACAGACAAUGUUCCUUAAUUUGGAAGAUGUUAAGCAAGCUGGUCCUAUCAAAAGUUCAACACCAAGAAGACAGUCCAUCCCUGCAGCUGUUACAACUCGCACUAUGAAGGAGGUUCGCACAAUUUCUCCACCUUCAGUUCCUCCACCUACUGAUCGCAUAGGAGAAAAGCAGUCACAACCAAUAAUCAAGGACCAGAAACAUCCUGAUGUUCUAUGCAGUGAAGGAGGACUUGCUGGGGAUUCUAGUGAAUCUAAAGCUGAAUGUAAUGGGGAUGUUAAUCAUGCAGCAGCUAGGCUGAAAAGGCAAAAUGGUGAUACUGACUCAUCUGCAGAGGUCUUACCGCCUAUUCCGAGACAGAGUUCAUGGAAGCAGCCCACAGAUAUGAGGCUCCCAAAGAAUUCACAGGUUGCUAAUAGGAAGCCAGUCACUCAAAGCUCCAUGGAUUCCAAGUUGGGGAACAAAAAGCUUAUUCCUGCCAAGAAGCAAAUGACAGUCAGUAACAUGUACCAAGACACAUCAGUAGAGCGUCUUAUACGGGAGGUUACCAAUGAAAAGUUCUGGCAUAAUCCAGGGGAGACUGAUCUCCAAUGCGUUCCUGAUCGGUUUGAGUCUGUUGAGGAUUAUGUCAGAGUAUUUGAACCCUUGCUAUUUGAGGAAUGCCGGGCACAGCUUUACAGUACGUGGGAGGAAUUAACUGAAGGUGCUUCAAUUAAUGGUCAUACAAUGGUUCGUGUAAGGAGCAUUGAAAGGAGAGAAAGAGGGUGGUAUGAUGUCGUAGUCCUUCCAGCAAAUGAAUCUAACAAGUGGACAUUUAAGGAGGGUGAUGUUGCAGUUCUUUCAACCCCCAGGCCUGGAUUAGUCAGAUCCAGAAGGAACAACUCCUCAACAGACGAGAAUGAGGAGCCUGAAAUCAGCGGACGUGUGGCUGGUACUGUCAGGCGACAUAUUCCUAUCGAUACACGUGAUCCAUCAGGAGCAAUCCUUCAUUUUUAUGUUGGGGACACCUAUGAAUCCAAUAGCUUGGUUGAUGAUGAUCACAUUCUGAGAAAGCUGCAACCCAAAGGCACUUGGUUUUUGACGGUGCUUGGUUCUCUUGCAACCACCCAGAGGGAGUACGUUGCACUGCAUGCAUUUCGUCGUCUGAAUGUGCAGAUGCAAGCUGCGAUUCUUCAGCCCAGUCCUGAACAUUUCCCAAAAUAUGAGCAGCAGAGCCCUGCUAUGCCCGAAUGCUUCACACCGAAUUUUGUUGAUCAUUUGCAUAGGAGCUUCAAUGGACCCCAGCUCUCAGCCAUCCAAUGGGCUGCAGUGCAUACUGCAUCUGGUACAAGUGGUGGAAAGAGGCAAGAUCCUUGGCCUUUUACUCUUGUUCAAGGACCUCCAGGAACUGGUAAGACACACACUGUUUGGGGAAUGCUAAACGUCAUUCAUCUGGUUCAGUAUCAGCAGUAUUAUACUUCUUUGCUCAAAAAGUUAGCACCUGAAAGCUAUAAGCAAAAUACUGAGAGCAACUCUGAUAAUGUUGCUACGGGGUCAAUUGAUGAGGUUCUUCAGAGCAUGGAUCAGAAUCUCUUUCGUACACUACCAAAGCUGUGCCCAAAACCUAGAAUGUUGGUGUGCGCUCCUUCUAAUGCUGCAACAGACGAGCUUCUUUCACGUGUUCUUGACCGUGGAUUCAUUGAUGGUGAGAUGAAAGUAUAUCGGCCUGAUGUAGCGCGAGUAGGUGUCGAUUCACAGACACGUGCUGCCCAAGCCGUCUCUGUUGAGCGGAGAACUGAACAGCUUUUGGUCAAGAAUCGUGAUGAAGUUUUUGGGUAUAUGCAUCAGUUAAGAGGUCGUGAAGCUCAGUUGUCUAUGCAGAUUGCUGCUCUUCAAAGAGACCUUACUGUUGCAGCAGCUGCUGUUCGUUCCCAAGGAUCUGUGGGUGUUGAUCCGGAUGUUCUGGUGGCUCGGGACCAGAAUCGAGAUGCAUUGUUGCAGAGCCUUGCAGCGGCGGUUGAAAGCAGGGAUAAGACUCUGGUUGAGCUGUCCCGCCUUUUCAUUUUAGAAGGAAAGUUUCGCGCUUCCAGCAAUUUCAAUUUGGAAGAAGCUCGUGCUAAUCUUGAGGCAAGUUUUGCUAAUGAGGCAGAAAUUGUCUUCACUACUGUUUCAAGCAGUGGUCGCAAGUUGUUCUCUCGCCUUUCUCAUGGUUUUGAUAUGGUUGUCAUUGAUGAGGCAGCCCAAGCCAGUGAAGUAGGAGUUCUUCCUCCCCUUGCUCUUGGUGCUGCACGAUGUGUUCUUGUUGGUGAUCCUCAGCAGCUUCCUGCAACAGUUAUUAGCAAGGCCGCUGGAACUUUGUUAUACAGUAGAAGUCUUUUUGAAAGAUUCCAGCAAGCAAAAUGUCCAACAAUGUUGCUAUCUGUGCAAUAUAGAAUGCAUCCUCAAAUCCGAGAUUUCCCCUCUAGGUACUUUUACCAAGGACGCCUCACUGACAGUGAGAGUGUUGCUAAUUUACCUGAUGAGAUAUACUACAAGGACCCUUUACUUAAACCUUACGUAUUUUAUGAUAUUACCCAUGGGCGGGAGUCGCACAGAGGGGGAUCGGUCUCUUAUCAGAACAUGCAUGAGGCCCAGUUUUGUGUUCGUUUGUAUGAGCAUCUCCAGAAGACAGCAAAAUCUUUGGGCAUGGGGAAAAUCUCUGUUGGCAUAAUCACCCCAUACAAACUGCAACUUAAAUGUCUUCAGCGUGAGUUCGAUGAUGCUUUGAAGUCAGAAGAAGGGAAGGAUCUGUAUAUUAACACUGUUGAUGCUUUCCAAGGCCAAGAACGAGAUGUGAUUAUCAUGUCCUGUGUGCGCGCUUCUGGUCACGGGGUUGGUUUUGUUGCAGAUAUCCGCCGCAUGAACGUAGCUCUUACUCGUGCAAGAAGGGCUCUUUGGGUCAUGGGGAAUGCUAAUGCCUUAAUGCAGUCAGAUGACUGGGCUGCAUUGAUCACUGAUGCCAAGGCCAGGAACUGUUAUAUGGACAUGGAGACUCUUCCCAAAGAAUUUCUGGGUCCAAAGGGACCCUCCUACAAUCCAUUACCAGGAAAGCUUUCAUCUAAUAUGAGGGGGUUGAGAUCUGCUGGACCAAGACAUAGAUCAUUCGAUAUGCGCAUGGAAUCCAGGUCAGGAACACCUUCAGAAGAAGAUGAGAAAUUCAGUGCACCAGUAAUUUCUAGGAAUGGUCAUUACCGCCCUAUGAAACCACAAUUUGAGAAUUCCUUGGACGACUUUGAUCAGUCGGGUGAUAAGUCCAGAGAUGCUUGGCAAUAUGGUAUCCAAAAGAAGCCUGCUGGGGUUGUUGGAAAGAGAGAGAUCUAACUAUUGAUGGGUGCUCUGAAUCCUCUUUCUGCAUCAUGGGAGAUUCGUGGCAUUCUUUGUUUUCCUACUGUGAUAUUUCUGCCACAGUGCUGGUUUUCUGUGCUGAUUACAGAAGCUGGACUCCUAAAGUUAGCAGAGCCGAACUUUGUGCUAGAUGAGCUUUUGGUUAGUUGUGACAUUCGGCAAUAAGGGGGAGGAGGAUUGGCUGGCGCUUUCGGCUUGUGCAAGAAGACAAUUCAUCUUGAUUGAUGUUGUUCCUUUGAUUUCUUGCAAGCAGCUGGAUGCUUUUGGGUAGAUGGUGGAAAAAUCAUACCCUUAAUCCACCAGCUUACAGUCAUCAGAGGUAAAACUUCUCUUGCAAUAAAUAAAAGACACUUCAUAUGCCAAAAGCCUAAAACAUUCAUAACUAAGUGUGUAGUUUUUUCCCCCGUCAUUGUCAUUUCUUCUCAUGCAUUGGGUACCGAUGAAACUCAGGAAUCCAAAUGAUGCUGUGGGCAAAGCUUCAAAGCAUUGUAUGCUAUAAUAUCUGAGCUGCAACCUGUGAUGCAAAUAACUGUCAUGGCUCGAUAGACCUCUUUUGACAAACACACUGUUGACUUCUCGGUUCUUUUGUGCUAUAUGAUAUAAAGACUAGACUUGGUGCUUCAAAUGCAGAAAGAUCCCAUUUGAAUGAUGCUCUGUACAUUUUUUGGAGACAUGCAAAUGCAUGAUAUGACUAGUACCACAUACCACACGAAGGGGAAUGUUAAUGUUUGAAAUUUAAAUUAGAAAGGCGGCAUUACUAGUUUGCUACAAUAUUCUGUAUAGAAAUGGGGGUACAGAAAUUGUAAUAGGAGUAGUAUAUUUCUAGCAGCAUUUGUAGUGUACAUACAUCUUUCAGUUCUGGAAUCAAUCACAUCAAAUUCUUUUCUA